UCACCAAAAAGUACCUCCUAAGCUAUAUGUAAAUAUACGCUUCGGUGUCAAUUAAUUGUGUAUUUUGUAAUUUGUAAACAAAAAUGGAUUUUAUUGACGAUUUUAUUGAGGAAUAUAAAUGCAAUCCGUGCUUAUGGAAAGCAGACUCUGCCGAUUUUCGGAACAGAAUGCGAAGGCAAGAGGCAUACAUGAAGCUAAUCGAUGUAGCUACCAAGCACGGCGAGCUGUACAACGUUGAAAGAACGAAGCAAAAGAUAAACAAUCUUCGCUGUGCAUUUCGCCAUCAGUUACGGAAAUAUAAUGAAGUUAAGAAAAAAGGCGAAAAGUAUGAGCCUUAUUGCCCAAAGCGAAGGUAUUUUGAAUCGCUUAUGUUCUUGAAAGACGAAGAAAUUCCUGAUAAGAAAUCAAAGCGUGAAGAUAAUCCCCUUCCAGUGCAGCACAAUAGCUAUACUGAGAGCACCGUAACCAUGGUGCAAAGUGAAAACUGUGAGGAGUUUUCGGAUGCCGAAAGUCUGCCAAAGCCGUGCAAGGCGAUGGAUAAUAAUAAACUAUCACCCAGUAACAGCGCAAAUGAAUUUUGUGCCAAUUUGUUUGACGAGUCGGCAGUUGACCCGAUUAUCAGUAUUCAAACUGUUACUACCAACAACAACAACAACCAUCCCUCCGGUGGCGCCACAAUUAAGGAGGUCGAAAUCGUAAUGACAUCUGACAAUGGAAAUGUAACUGAACGAAGGAAAUCAAUUCCAGAACCGGCAACUAGCAACAAAUCCAAAAUCAACACAUCAUCGACGACUCAGAUCCUAUGCGUAGACAGGGAUAAAAGACCUGUUCCUCACAAUCAGAUCAAAGUCAAUCGCAAGCGUUCGUCUUCGGUAUCAUCCCAGGUGUCUGAUGAAAAUGAUGUGCCAGUAGGGAAAUUUCGAACUGAUAUCUCUACCAUAGAUUUUGAAAGGCUUCUCUCUUUGGCAUUAAAGAGUGCUGACAGUCACAUUGACGAUCACUUUGCGAAUUUCGGUAAAAUAAUUGCACACAAAUUACGGUCAAUGGAAGCAACUCAGGCCAUUUAUGCUGAAAAAAUAAUUGGCGAUGUUCUAUACCAGGGACAGUUGAAAAUGUUGUCUACAUUAAGUACACAUCAAUUUUUGGGAGUUGAUAAUGCAACUGUUUAUGUCGAGAAUCAUACUAAAUGAUUCCCCGCUAUAGAAACUUAAUAGUAAAUUUAAUCUAAAUAAUUAUAAGAAAAAAUACAUACUUACAUUAAAUUUCAUAAUCACAAGUCGUGUUUUAA